UACUAAUUUGGAAUGAUGGAUUCGUCUGAAAAAAAUAAUCAUAAAAAUCAAAAUAAAGAACCUCGUCUCAGAACUAUUUUACCAUCGACGACUGCUUCGGUUUCAUUUGCAACUAACACCCUACCAAGAAUCAGACCUAUACAAAGAACUCAGCAAUUACUUCCAGUUAGAUAUCUUUCUCAACCAGUGGAUCCUCCUCCAUCAUCAUCUCACAAUAAUAAUGGAAUUCGCAAAGUCAUCGAGUAUGUUUUGAAAACUGGAAAGAAAAAACUGACUGACCAAACUUCUGAAAACAUGGAGGGUGCCAGUAAUUCUGAACAGGCUCCUGUUAACAAUGUAGGUACCGUUACUACAAACAAUCAAGGCUGUUCAACCAGUCUACCUAUUAGACAAAAUACUACCAAACCAUCAUCUAUAGUAGUAACACACAAUGGAGCAAAUACAAAAUGUAUACCAAGUGUACCAACAAGCAAACUUACACCCCACAACCAAACUGUAUUGGAAAACUCGGUACAAAUAUUCAAUUUUAGUAAAACUAGUGCAUCAGUAAAUUCAACUUCUAACAACAACCAAAAUGGUGUUCCUCAAAUUUCUGAUUCAGCCAGGAAACAAUAUUUCAACAGUUUCGCAAAUUAUAUACCGACACAACUUGAACCGCAAUUACUACCGAACACAAAUAACAUUGCAAAUCAGGCAAGAUAUAGACCGAUACGACCUGAACCACAAAUAAUACCGCACACAAGUAACAUAGAAAAUCAGGCAAGACAUAGACCGAUACAACCUGAACCACAAAUAAUACAGAACACAAGUAACAUUGCAAAUCAGGCAAGAUAUAGACCGAUACAACUUGAACCACAAAUAAUACAGAACACAAGUAACAUUGCAAAUCAGGCAAGAUAUAGACCGAUACAAAUUGAACCACAAUUAAUACCGCAUACAGGUAACUUUGAAAAUCAGGCAAGAUAUAGACCGAUACAACUUGAACCACAAUAUAUGCCGAACACAAGUAACUUUGCCAAUGAGGCAAAAUAUAGACCGAUGAAGCUUGAACCACAAUUAAUGCCGAACACAAGUAACUGUGCCAAUGAGACAAAAUAUAGACCGAUGAAACUUGAACCACAAUUAAUACCGAACACAAGUAACUUUGAAAAUCAGGCAACAUAUAGACCGAUAAAACUUGAACCGCAAAUAAUACCAAACACAAGUAACUUUGAAAAUCAGGCAAGAUAUAGACCGAUACAACUUGAACCGCAAAUAAUACCGAACACAAGUAACUUAGAAAAUCAGGAAAGAUAUAGACCGAUACAACCUGAACCACAAAUAAUUCCGAACACAAGUAACUUAGAAAAUCAGGAAGGAUAUAGACCGAUACAACCUGAACCACAAAUAAUACCAAACACAAGUAACUUUGAAAAUCAGCAAGGGACUAGCAACGUUGACCGUCCAAAUUAUGAUACACAAAUGCUUCCUUCAAUUCAAUAUACUAAUCAAGUCAAAAAUCAUGUUUCAUUGUGUGCUCCAGGUUCAAAUCCUGCAUACAGAAUGUGCAAUCCUCCAUCUCAUAAUAUACCGUUAACUCAAUUUCCACCUAUUGGAAAUUCCAUAAAACCAGGUAUACCAAAGUUGUCAGCCCAUGAAGUUAAAGAGGAACCUGGUAUUUGUCCUGUAAUAUUACAUCCUAAUAAGCAAUUGAGUUCACAAAUUCAGAUGAAAAGUGAAGCACUUAUAAAAACGAUUGGAUUUGCACCUGCACGAUCUCAAAUGACAGCUCAAGCGCAAAGUCGUAUUGUAACAACAUCAUUGCAGCGGUCUAUUAUGGAAUCUCAAAAUGUUUCCCCACUUAUAAUAACACCUUCAUCACAUGUUAUUCACUCGGCUAAUGAAAUUGUUCCUGCUAAAAUUGUUCCAGUACCAUCAGCGCCUGCUGUAUCACAUUUUUCUGUAAUAAAUAAGACAGGUUUUUAUGAUAGUUUACCUGAAUUUACAGGCGUACGACAAAGUUUGGUGUCAGGUACACCACCAGUUUAUACUCAGAGUGAUUUUGCUCGUUUUCCUCCAAAAAGUUACCACCAUAAAAAUACUGUUAUUAAUCCUGCAGUUCUUCAUGGUCCCAUUCCUGGAAAUAUCGAUGAGCCAUGUAUAAAUAUACCCAAUAGUCAACAUGUAUUUAAACCAAUUAUUUCACCUAGGCCUAGUAUUUUAAGGAAGCGUGAUGCAGAUGGUGUACUUAGGGCGCAAAAAAAUCUAAUACCACUUUUAACCAAACCUGAGAUAGAAGAAUGUCAAAAUAUAGAAGAUACAUCACUAAACAGAAAUGGAUAUAAUGAAACUGGUUUACAAAUAGAAUCAAUUAUGGUACCACAAAUACCAGAGGGAACGUUACUACCUCAAAUUACUGCCUUAUCUAGGCAAUCCCAUAUAAUGGUUGAAAUAAGUCCACGGAAAAAACCUCGCAAACAGUUACUUCCUGUUAAUCAAGAAGAGAGUCCAUUUAAAAUAGUUGGUGAUGAUAUGGAGUAUGUGGAUGAAAAAUUAAUUAAAAUUGAGAAACCUGAAGAUUUUCCUGAUGAUGAUUUAAUGUGUAAUGAUGAUUUACUCGAUGGUGAUGCUGAGGAUGAAGCCGAAGAUGAUUUAGAUGAUAUGGAUGUUGAUGAUGAUUGUCCAGCAGAUGAUGAUUAUGAUGAUGAUGAUGAUGAUUUUGGGAAUGAUUUUGGAGAUGAAUUUGAUUAUAUUAAGUCAGAAAAACCAUUCUUCGAAGAUGUUAAGACAGAAGUCAGUGAUGAAAGCUCAGCUUGCAUUAAACCUAAAAAUAAACGACCCACAUUAUUGGGAAGUUAUAAGAAUACUUGGCGAGGACAUACUCACCAUUUUCAAAGGUACACUGAUUUUAAGAUUAAAGAAACUAAAAAGCAAUUAGCCGAUAUGCAGCAAGCUAAAAAAUGGACGUCCGAUAGCAUAUCAGGAUGGAGAGUUAGGCACUUACUACAACAAUUUGAUGGAAUGAUAAGUAUUGAAGAUGAAAUUAUUGCAAGAAUGACUGAACUCAUAGCUCACUUUGAAGCCACUAUUAAAGAUCUUAGGCUGUGCCAUCAUUUUGUUGAGCUCACUAAAGAUAAUAUUCAAAGGAGCAAAGUAUCGAAAAUUCAAUUAGAAGAAGUUAGGCAUCAAUUGAAAAAAAUAUUCGACUAUAAAACAAUAAUUGAAGAUGUGGUUGAUAAAUAUUGUCCCAAAGACCUUAAAAAGAAAUAUGCAAAAGUAUUUAAUCUUAGCAAAUCGUAGACGAUAUGUGUUGUCAAUAAGAAUAUUUUGAUUUACACUGUGCACAAAUAUCCAAGAAAUACCCAAUGAAGUAUGUUUGUUGCAAGUACGUUAUGGUGUAAAAAAAAAAAAAAAUGGUUUCCAACUUCGAUUAAAACUGAAAAUGAUUCUAGUGAGCCAGUAGAAGAUUUGGUUAUGUCGGUACAAAUAAGAAAUUCAAAAA